AUGCCGAAACUGACCCCUGAACUCCCAUCCGAAAUCAUUUCAGAUAUUCUCUCAAGGCUUCCUGUCAAGUGUCUGGUUCGUUUCAAGUGUGUAUCCAAGACAUGGCGUUCUCUAAUCUCCCAUCCUGAAUUUGCCAAAAUGCACCUCAAACGUACCAAGGAGGACAACAAUGUUAACCACCACAAAAUCUUUCUCUCCACUAAUCCUUUCCCAUGCAUCUUCGACCCUGAAGAAUAUUGUGAUGGUGAUUGCAAUCUCUUAACAACCCAGCUCCACUUUCCUAUCGCGCAUCCGGAAUAUAAUUAUAUCUUUAUCUUGGGAUCUUGUAAUGGCCUGGUGUGUGGACUUUUUGAGUCUGAUCCGCUAAUCCAUAUAUGGAAUCCAUCUACUAGAGAGUCUAAGGAAGUGGCCUUGCCGAAUUAUUUGGAUGCUUGUGAGUGCUUUUAUGGAUUUGGUUAUGAUUCUCAGCUUGAUGACUACAAAAUAAUAGUAGGUUCCAUGUGUACUUCCCCCAACCGUCAUGGCUCUAAGAUUGAAACAAAAGUAGAGGUAUUUACCUUAAAAAGCAACAGCUGGAGAACGGUUCAAGACCUUUGUUUUAGUGUUCUCUUGGGGGGUCCGGGCGCUUUAGCAAAUGGGGUUUUGCAUUGGCUAGUCACACAGGACAGUGGUCGUCCCACUGCGAUGGUUUCAUUUGAUUUGGUAGAGGAGAAAUUCCAAGAGAUGGUGCCACUUCGAGGCCUAACUGGUGAUGCCAUUUACUGGCACUACGAAUUGGGAGUUUUAGGAGAAUGGCUUUGUCUGUAUUCUGAUUAUGGUCUAAGCAGUGACUGUGAGGCAUGGAUAAUGAAGGAAUAUAGCAGCGAGGCUUCUUGGACUAGUUUCUUGAGGUUCAAGGGUGAAUCAAAUCCGGGAGCGUGGAUUGUUGGUGGAAUAAAAGCUGGAAGGUUACGGUCCCAUGUAAGGUCACUAAUUUCGUAUGCUAUCACAAGAAAAAGUAAUUUAGAUUCAACCUGUGAAAAUUGUGGAGCUGUUCCAGAAUCAACAAUGCAUCUUCCAGUUGGAUGGCAUGGUCUUCAACAGUUUGGGAGUUAUGUUGAUGACUUCAAAGCAUGGUUGCAAGCUAACAUGGUUACACUGAAAUACUGA